GACAACUAGACCGCCCCAGAGAGACGAUUAUGUUUACUAUUAAGUGCCUCGCAAUCUGUAUGUAUCUUUUUGUUUAUUCGUCUAGUCUGCCAUUUAAAUCUGCUUUACCAACUCCAACAGUUACAGUAAACCUAUGCCACCCCAAUAGACCCAAAGCUGAAUACUUUAUUCAGAAGCCCAAUAAUUGUACUAAGGAGACACCCCAAACCAUUAAGCAAUGCUCUGUUACGGUACAUGAAUUAUCUUCUAGCUAUACAAAUAUUACUUUAUAUGUAUGUCAGAAAUCUGCUACUAAAUGGUCUAGUCAUUAUUUUUUCUUUGGUGCACAUUCGAGUAAACUGACUUCUACCAUGAUAGAACCACCCACCCCUUUAUAUUGUGAAGAUUGGGUACACACGUUAAAAGCUGAUAAUAUUGUAGAUUUAGAACCCACUUCCCCAGAUACUUGGUCCACUCAAAACAAGGCAAAAGUUACUUAUAGUUGGCCAUCCUCUAGACACGGACAAGUGAUCAAUGCUCAUUUGUCUCGUAUUCAAAUUUCGUAUGAUCCUUUUCAUGGGGUAAUGUUAGGUGCUUUCCCUUCAAUUUCCACCUGCAACAUAUUAACUGGGUCAUGCACGUUAGGAAGUCAAACUUUAAUUUGGAAACACCACCCUUUAAUUGAUUGCCCUCAAUACCAAACAACUGUUACUGAACUUAUUUUACAUUAUAAUUCUUCUAAUCAGAUUUACCGCUUAGAUUUUCCAAAACUUGGGCAAUCAAUCCAUAACUGGGGUUCAUGUGGCAAGUCAGUUAAAAGAUGUUUUAAGUCUGAUACUUUUUGUACCAAUAAUGGUUUGUUAUUCGAAACGCAACAAUGCAUUGCACUUGAUGGUUCAUCCCUUUUUACUCUUAAAUAUCCCGCCUUUAAUUACGAUUAUACUGUAAAGAAUUUUUCAGAAUCUUCUCCUCUAAUUGGGUUUAUUCAAGAAAGCACUGAUAGGGUUUCCGAGGUAAUAAACAAAUUGACAGCAGAUAUUAAUUAUUUGGAAUGCCAAAUUGAAAGCAUUCUAACCACUAAUAUUAAACUCCUGUCUAAACAAUACCCCGGUAAGAUCCUAAGUCAGUUACUAGGUGGGAACAGAGCAGCUAUCACCGUGGGUGAUAUAUUGACCGAAAUUGAAUGCCAACGUAUUAACGUUACCGUUCUUAGGAACCUCUUUUUACAGGGUAAAUAUGCUACCCGACCUUUAGUGCACUUUAUUAAUAAUAGCAAUGAAACGAUCAUUGCACAAAUAUUCCCUGAUUCUAACGCUUAUGUGGGUAUUCAUUUUUUUGAAAAUUAUACGCCUGGUCGUAUAUUUACGUUUCAAAUUGACGGUCGGUUCUAUAACUACGUCAAUUAUACUUUGAAUCAUGCGGAUAUGCAUGUAAAAUUUCUGAGACCCACAUUCAAGCCUUUUGUCGACAAUUUUAAUCCUAUCGAUUACAACGAAGCAUAUAACGAAUUACCAAGGGGACACCAGGGUUAUGAUGAUAUUAAUAAUAUGUUAUUAUCAAUCAGCCACAUUAACCUUAUUCGAGAACGAAUAUUAAGUGAGCAAACCCUACCUAAUGCAGAUAGCACAUCAGACACUGAUACUGAUGCUAUCUCACAUGAAGUGCAAGACACUUUUGUUCAUGCCCUCUCCUUCAUUAAGACGUCAAUUUUAUCAGGAAUUUAUAUGCUCUUAUUCCAUUUAUCUCUCAUUUGGGCCACUAUUUGGACCGUUUGUUUUAUCAAGAAACUUUGCCCAAAACUGAGAGAUGAAGGAUUUCCUAGAAUACAACGGCUUCGGCAAUACUUGGCUGCUCGCAGGGAACAAGUGAACCCUGUUGAACCACCUCAACCUCUUGUGCAAAACAAUAGACAAGAUCAGGGGGGUCGAAUCUAUCAAUCCAGACCAAAUUCCAAUAAUAGAUCCAAUUCGAACUUAUACCCUAGUCUGGCAGACUAGUCGAAUAGCAAUGCUCAUAUUGUACAUAUAUAUUAUACUUUAACAUGAUUUCUUUCUAACAAGUGUUUUACGAAGAAUUAAAUACUUCGUGCAUUUACAUCAAUACCUAUACCAAUAAUAUACCUCAUGUAUAACUAUCUCAGGAAUACCUAUAUUUAAUCUAUCUUUAUACAGCUUAAAAUUUAUUUUUUAUUUUUAGUUGAAUUUCAUGAAAACAGCACGUCAUUUCCGCCUUCUCAACCCAAAUUGCAUCCUUAGAAUUCUCCGAACUCCUGCGGGGGAGUUAUGUAGCCAAUUAGUUGUUAUGUAACUACAAAACUACACCAAAUUGGCCCAAUUCGUGAGAAACUCAUGAAAACCAAAAUUAAUUAUUCCCGUUAUAGCAAUUAUCAAUUUCUCAAAAUCCAAUUUCAAGAUUUAAUAGCCUUUCGGUGCCAUCCCAUGUAAAAAUAAAAUUUAUUUCCAGUAAUAUUCCAAUAACGUGAAUUCGAAAUAUCUUGUUAAAACCAAAUUAUCCACUUGAGAACAAUUUUUUACAUCUCAUAAUUGGAGUAAGUACGUGACCAGGAACACGGUGACUUGGCAAUAACAAGUUAAUUGCUAGUGAUGAACUUCAAGAAAACACUUUUAAUAAUGUUUGAUUAUAGUGAACCGAAAGCUAACCAGAAACCGGAAUGACGCGUAAUUCUUUAAUCGUUAAUGUAAAAAUCUGUUUCUUUAUUCUAUUUUAAUUGCUUGGUAGAAAGCUAUAUAUUCAGCAAUGUGUUUUGUGUUAAUCAGACUAGAUUUGAUCAAAUUGUGUGUACAUUGUAUUUCUGUAUAUAUUGUCGGAAUUGCAAUAAACUCAUAAGGUGUUUUCAAACGUCUCCUUACUACAGCCGAAGGCUAUCGACAGAUAGACAGUUCGAGUUAACGAACGCAAGACAAAACUAUUGUCAGUCAAUGCUGGGGUUAUAAUACAUAAACCAGACCAAUCUACAAACAACCUAUGUGUAGUGGUAACUAAUCACUACAUUUGGAGAUCCCGACCUUUGGACUGCCUUCUGACGCAGAUCAAUCACGGAGCAGACAACAAUCCUACGGAGCCAGCCUACGGAGAGGAACUCGAUAAGAUAAGUUUCACGUUUUAAUUUACAUCCUAUAAGUCGCAACUAAGGGUGCCUAUUGCUAAUCAUACAAUUCUCUAUCUUCCAACAGGCCUAUCGCAAAAACUCGAGGAACCGUGCAACAAAACCAAACAAAGGAUCAAACUCAUCCAUACAGUGAACGAAAAGGACAUUUCACAUCGCCCAAGGCAAUAUUGACUGUCUGACCUCGGAAUUGAAGUAUAAUUCCUCAGCCGAAUUUUGAACGAGGAAACUAAUAGCAAUCAACAAGGUUCAGGAUCAAUACAAUCAAGGACUCGACACGGAAGGACAACUAGACCGCCCCAGAGAGACGAUUAUGUUUACUAUUAAGUGCCUCGCAAUCUUUGAAUUUCAUGAAAACAGCACGUCAUUUCCGCCUUCUCAACCCAAAUUGCAUCCUUAGAAUUCUCCGAACUCCUGCGGGGGAGUUAUGUAGCCAAUUAGUUGUUAUGUAACUACAAAACUACACCAAAUUGGCCCAAUUCGUGAGAAACUCAUGAAAACCAAAAUUAAUUAUUCCCGUUAUAGCAAUUAUCAAUUUCUCAAAAUCCAAUUUCAAGAUUUAAUAGCCUUUCGGUGCCAUCCCAUGUAAAAAUAAAAUUUAUUUCCAGUAAUAUUCCAAUAACGUGAAUUCGAAAUAUCUUGUUAAAACCAAAUUAUCCACUUGAGAACAAUUUUUUACAUCUCAUAAUUGGAGUAAGUACGUGACCAGGAACACGGUGACUUGGCAAUAACAAGUUAAUUGCUAGUGAUGAACUUCAAGAAAACACUUUUAAUAAUGUUUGAUUAUAGUGAACCGAAAGCUAACCAGAAACCGGAAUGACGCGUAAUUCUUUAAUCGUUAAUGUAAAAAUCUGUUUCUUUAUUCUAUUUUAAUUGCUUGGUAGAAAGCUAUAUAUUCAGCAAUGUGUUUUGUGUUAAUCAGACUAGAUUUGAUCAAAUUGUGUGUACAUUGUAUUUCUGUAUAUAUUGUCGGAAUUGCAAUAAACUCAUAAGGUGUUUUCAAA